CGGAAAAUCGUGACAGGGUCACGUGGGCUUAAUAAAGAUAAGACAUGUAAUUGUGAUAUUAAAUAGAGAGCGUCAAGUAUCAUUAGAUCUUGACAAGUUUAACAUGAGAGUGUUUGUUCUACUUUGUAUUGUACAAGGAAGUCUAGGGGCAGCCCUUGUUGGACAAAGAGCCGUAUGUUCUGACUUUUGUCCUGAGAAUUACGCUCCUGUUUGUGGGUCGAAUGGAAAAACUUACUCCAAUCAUUGUUUCUUAAAUGCCGCCCAUUGUCAUGACAACACAAUUACGUAUGUGAGUGACGGAGCGUGUGGAGCUACAAGUAAAUGUCCGCCAGUGAUGUGCUUAUCGUUGUACGAUCCUGUUUGUGGGUCAGACGGGAAAACUUACAGUAACUCGUGUGUGUUUAACGGCGCCAACUGUCACGGAGACUUAACGGUUGCCCAUCAUGGUGCAUGCAACGGAGCACUUGUUGCCAGCUAAGCAGCUAUAUGUUAUUAUAUAUGUUAUGGUUCAUGCUCCUGGAUAAAAACGAUUACAUAAUGAUAUGAAUUGAAUUUGAAUUGUGGUAUUAAAAACCAUUCUUUACCGAA